GCGGUUUUAUUGUCUCGCUGCCGUGGCGGUGGUGGACCGACCACAAGGAUGGAUUAUCUUCGGAGUGUAUUAUGUGCACAGCAAGACACGAUUUGGAUCUUAGAGUCGAGGACAGCGCCGUGUGUGCUUAGAACUUAGAUCGACGGCGACAUUCGCCUGUCGGUGGCAGUUAGUAGUUGCAGAGCUUAUGGUCAUGGCAGACAACGACCAUACCCGCCAGCGCAUCAUAACCUCCGUGUUUGACAAGCGCAAUGCGGGUGCUGCAAUCCAGGAAUCCUAUGUUGCCCAUGUCAAGAUCUGGGAGGACGCAGGUGAGGGUCAGGGGAAGAAGCCGCGAUACAUCUUGCUGUCUAGGGCCAGCGAUAGCACCGGUUUCAUUCACAAAUCUAAGCUGAACACGAACGGCUCGUUCUCUGUCGGAAAGACAUGGAAGCUCGCCGAACUGCGAGGCAUCGAAGUCUUCAAUCCCAUAUUCUUCAGCAUCACUCUUGGUAGAACUUACAAGUGGCAGACGGAGAACCCCGUCGAUCAGUCUGCGUUUAUCCACGCACUUAUCGAUCUAUUCCGGUCCCUGAUAGGCAGCCACCUCCAGCUCCACGGCGUCAACGAUCCGACAGUACCUACUCUCCCCUCAAACCACGGGACACACCAGCGAGGCUCGGAUGUUUCAGUGCAGAGUCGCCCAACUUCGGAUGCACCCACUACCGGAAAACAGACGCCUGUUCCCACUACAUCCAUCCCUCAGGUCAGCCAUGAACGCGCUCAGACUCCAUUUUCACAAUCACCCGCCCGUUCUUACCUCAUAAAUCCUCCCUCUCGUUCCGCCUCACCGGCAGACUCGUUACCUGGCCCCCCAUCGCAUGUAACAGCUACUCAAGUCACUGCAAAUUACCGGUCUCCAUCACCUACCACUGUCCAGCAGCAUCAGCAACCACAAACAGCCCUCCCUAGUCCAUUGAGGCCUAGAGUCACACGUCGGCCGUCCAACACAACACCGCCUGUGUCCGCACCCGCUAUAGCGGCAUCCCAUCCAUCCAGUCUUGUGCCUUCGCGCCAGCAGAUGAGCAAUCCGCCUUCCAGACAAUCCCAUGAAAGCGUUUCCAGCGCCAAACCAUCCUUGGAUCCGUCUCAAGGCCAUAGUCCAUUGUCAGCAUAUCCUCCAACGGCAGCGCUGCCACCAACUCGCGUCGAUUCACCUGGUCUGACUCCGAGUACGAACCGUACAGAGGCUCUGAAACCCCCUGGGACACCGCUUGCAAGGAGAGAGCAUAGCAAUAGGGUUUCCUUCUUUGACCCUGCAAACCAAGCUGCGAUCGGUAGGCUCGUGGCUGGUGGCCUCGGAGAAGAGGAAGACAUUGAAGGCGGUCAAGAAACUAGUCAGGCAGCGAUGCUUAGCGUGGAAGAAAUGCUAGAAGGUUAUGAUUGGGCCAGCGACGAUAUGUUUGAUCGCAAGUCGACAAGAGGGGCUGCGGAUUUAGUGGAAGCCCGCUUGCUGGACGAGUUGACGGCAUUGGAAAAGGCAAAUAUCCAUUCGUUCUUGGAAUCGGACGACCGGGUCAACCUUGUCAUCAAAUAUUUGGAUGAGGCCUUGUCAGAGGUAGAUGCCAUUGACAGCUUGUUAUCGUCAUAUAAAAUCCAUUUGAAUGCUGUCGGAGAUGACAUUUCUUUUAUCCAGUCGCAACGACGGGGCCUGCAAGUGCAUACGCAAAAUCAAAGGGCAUUGUUGAACGAACUCGAAAACUUACUGCAAACGGUGCAAGUGAGUGAUGAAGCUCUGCACACCUUAGCCCAGGAAUCUCUAGAGAAGCCCGCUGGCGUACAGCGACUAGAGGAAGCAGCAACUGAACUUUACAAGGCGCUGCAAGCAAGUCAAGAUACAGAAAUGGCUGCUACGAUGGAGAGGUUGGACGAGUAUCGAACAUACAAUACGCAAUUCUGCAAGCGCGUAUUUGAUUACCUUUCUAUCAUAAUGGUCGCCAAGUCCAAGACCAUAUUAGAAAGCAACAAUGGCGUCAGUCGAGAAAACGCGCGUGCACGACCCACUCUAGUAGAUCAUGGAAGUAUGGAAACAUACCUUGGUCGAUAUGCUGGUCUAGUAUUGUAUCUCAAGGAAAUGGAUGAGGUAGCGUACUCGAAGCUGUGCGCUGCAUAUUUUUCCGCCGUCAGCGACUUGCACGGAAAGCAAAUGCGGACCGUUUUCUCAAUCUAUUCAGGUUUGCUUAAAAAAAAUUCCGAAGAAGAAAGUGAACAGAGUUUCGCAGCUGCGGGUAAUACUGUGAAGGCAGGGGCCAUCCGGCGCGCAGGUACCAUCAUUCGGUCACCAAUGGAGUUACAGAAGCGUGAUCGCGAUAAGCGGCGUGAUGAUGACUAUCAACCAUCAGAACAGGCGUUCGGUUUUAUCCUGGAAGAAAUCGCGCCACUAAUCAGUCGGGAAGGGGAUUUCAUCGCAGAUUUCUUGCAGAUUAAUGAUGCAGGCCUCACAUUUGCGGACUACGCCGGUCUGGAAAACUACUUUAGGCGCCAGGCGGCGCGAAGUGCAGGCCUUAGCCAGUCCACAACGAAGCUUGUCCGGGGUGCUAUGGAUCUUAUAUUUGGUUUCCUCCCACAGGAAAUCAAGCAGUGGGUCGAGAUCGCGAUAGCGAAAGAUACUCUACAGGUAGUAGGUGUUAUCGUCUGCUUGGAACGCUUUUUAGACGAGGCAGGAGAAGGUGAUAACACGUUCUUCCUCCAAAUGCUGGACAAACAACAUCUUCGUUUGAAGGGAACCUUUGAUCGGCAUGUCAAUCAGCAAAUAAAAAUGGUGGAAGAAACGAAACUGACGAGUAAAAAACGUAAAGGUGUUGCGCAAUUUAUCAAGUAUUUCCCGGUGUACGUCAACCGUGUGGAACAGCAGCUUGUUGGUGCGGACGGACUUGAAAUCCGGACAAGUGUCGAUCUUGCGUACGAGAAAAUCGUGCAUAGCAUGUUUGAAUGCUUAAAACACAUGGCUACGCUGGAUGGCGAUGGCGAAGACAAGGGACAACUCAAUUACCAUGUGUUGCUAGUCGAAAACAUGCAUUACUUCGUUGCCGAGAUGUCUCAACUGGGGGUCGGCUCCGUUACUGGGUUCUUGAAGCAGGCAGAGGCUAUGUACAACGAGAAUCUGAGCGCCUACGUGAAGAUCGUGUUGAAGCGGCCCUUUGCUAAGCUGAUUGACUUUUUUGAGGGCGUGGAGCGCCUGUUGAAGACAACUGCACCAUCGGAAGUUCAAAAGAAUAGCAGUUACAACAAGCCUGCACUCAAACGGGUUCUCAAGGAAUAUGAUGGGAAAGACGUCCGAAAACACAUCGAUGUCCUGUUCCGUCGAGUGGAGAAGCACUUCACGGAGGCGGAAGAGAAAACGACAAGAGAGGAGAGCAGCGGGAUUGCACCUGGGACAGUGAUGGUAGGAGUGUGGAAAGCUUGUGAGGAAGAGUUGCAGAGGAUGACUGAGAAUUUCAACGCAAAGCUGUCGCAAUGUUACUCUGACAGUGGGCUGUCGCUGGAGUACAGCUCCGGUGAUGUCGAUACUGCAUUCAAACGCCACCAUACAUGAUGCAUGAAGUACCGUCCAUCUAUCCUUUACCACUAAAUAUUAAUGGAAAUGUAUCAGCCAGACGC